UGUCGCUGUGACGCAAAUCGCUUCCUAACAUUGACAACAACAAAGGAUGAUGAAUAAAUGAAGUUUGAAACUUGCUUUGUGCUUCAUCAGCACUAAUGGCCGCAGUGUUAACGGGAUGAGCCGCAGUGCUUCAGUGAUAGCAUCGCUGCUAAUGCAGUUAAACCGGGAAUGAGCGAUCCAGUCGCAGUCUGCAAACCGUGAGAGUGGAAGCUCUGCUUUCCUGAUAUCAAAAUGAUUCGCAUAGCAGCGCUGAACGCUGCUGCGGCGGCUGCAGAUGAAUCUCAAGACCCCUUGAGAAGUAGCAAGAGUCAGACGAAAGAGGCUCAGGAAGCGGAAGCUUUUGCUUUAUAUCACAAAGCUUUAGAUCUUCAAAAACAUGACAAGUUUGAGGAGUCCAGCAAAGCCUAUCAUGAGCUUCUCAAAACUCCACUGCUCAAAGAGGCUCUGCCCUCAGAUGAUCAGAGGGUGGGUCUCAAACAUCCUGGACUGAUGUUAAAAUACUCCACGUUUAAAAACUUGGCCACUAUGUCUGCAUUGCGGGAUGAUCUGGAGACUGCUAUGGAGUUUUAUUUGGAGGCUGUUAUUUUGGAUUCCACUGAUGUGAACAUGUGGUAUAAAAUCGGUCAGGUUGCUGUGCGACUGGUGCGCAUUCCUCUGGCUCGACAUGCCUUUGAGGAGGGAUUGCACUGUAACCCAGAUCACUGGCCCUGCCUGGACAACCUCAUAACUAUUCUUUACACACUCAGUGACUACACUUGCUGUUUGUACUUCAUCGCCAAAGCCCUCGAGAAGGAUCAUUGUUACACUAAAGGCCUGGUGCUGAAGGAGAAAAUCUUCGUGGAGCAGCCAUGCCUAAAGAGAGACACAAUGCAGAUGUUCAUGAAAUGCGAUAUGUCCAUUCACUACGUGGAAGUGGAGGAAGAGGAGCGCAAAUCCAUCGUGGAAGAGGCCCUGGAGAUACGGAAACGCAGACAGGCUCUUUCUCACUGUGAACCUAAACCCGACCUUGUCCUGAUUCAGCCCAUCCGGUGCCUCUCAUGGAAGCAUUUGGGUGAAAGCCUUCUUGCAAUGUACAGACAUCAGACCACAUGUGAGUCACCACGUCCGAGUCUUGGCCGCAGGAUCGACUUGUCAGAGUACUCCGACCCAAACUUCCUCCAGAACCUCCCCCAGCCCAGCAGUCCUGUUACCAUGGGCCAAACCACAGUGCUGAGCAGCAGUCCCAGCUCAUCCCUGCCGCCAGUCAUUCUCUCUGAGCCAGUAAUGCUACCCCAGCCUGGCAUGCAGCCUCAGAUUGCCCCCAGUCAGACCACUGUGGAAAUCACCACUUCUGCUCACAUUGUUGCUAUAGCCAUAGACGUUUCACUGACAGAUAAAGUGAAGAAAGCGCCAAAAAGGAAGCGUGCGAUUGAAGAUAGCGGGGAGACGGCCAAGCGACGCUCAGCACGUGUGCGGAACACAAAAUGCAAGAAGGAGGAGAAGAUUGAUUUUCAGGAACUGCUUUUUAAAUAUCUUCCAUCCAGGCUAAAGAAGUUUGAUCCUGAUAACGAUGAUGAGAGCUUGAGUAAUCUGGAGCCACAGUGUGAUGGGAAGGAGGACAAACAGCCUCUACAUGGGAGUUGCUUGCCUGUAGACUCAAUUGAAUACAUGGAAUCUGGUAUGAAGUGCAUCAUGUAUAUUGUAUUUACAAUACACUGUUGUUCUGUUUGUCAUAUUGAAAAGUGUGUAUUCUUAUUUGUAGAGCAACAAGAUGUCCACAACUUCCUGCUCAACAAUAUGAGCAAUGGUGGUAUACUGGAGCUGAUGAUGCGCUACCUGAAAGCAGCGGGUCAGAAGUUCAUGAAGGAGUGGCCUCGGGGGCUGACGUCUGUGGUGCUGGAAGUCUAUCAGACCUGGAGGAAGCACAGCAGCGGUCUGCCUAACCCUUUGCUCCGGGACUGCAGCAACCAACACAUCAGGGAAAUGUUGGCGAUGAGUCUCGCUUGUAUGGAGAUGCAGUUGGAGCAAUGGUUACACAAGAAAGGCAAGAAUGUCUCUCCAAGAAGAAGCAGCAUUGGUCCUGGCAGUGACACAGCAGACUCAGAAUUCCCUGGACAGCACUUCCAGGGUGAUUUAUUGCUUCUGGCCUUGGGUUCGUCCCAAAGAGACCUGUUUGAGAACGACUGGCUGGAUGUCAUGGUGCGGGUCUACUGGCUCAAGGCACGAUUCUUGGCUCUAGAGGGAGACAUGGAGUUGGCACUGGAGAGCUAUGAUGUGUGUACAGGCCUGUUGCAGAGCAAACCAAAGUCCCCUGAACAGAAAAAUUACACCAUCCAUUUGCCUAACCUACGUGUCGACGCGGCGAUCUCUGUGGAGGAGAUCGACAAGAGGUUGAAGUCUCUGGAGCGUUGUCAGUCUUUGGAAGAGAUCCAGCGGCUUUCUGAGUCUGCAGACUUUGAGUCUGUUGUGCGUCUGCUGCAGCCCACUCUUAAUUAUGGCAGCAGGAGCAAACCUCUGGAGUUUGUGAGCUCAGCACCAGAGCGGCCUGCUCAGCUAAUGCUACUGCAGAAUUCUCUGUUGAAGCUGCAGGACUACCAGCAGUGUUUGGAGUGCAGCGAGCUGGCUCUGAACGAAGCGCUGCAGCAGCUCAACUCUGCCUCAAACCCCUCUCCCCCAAGUAAGGAGGAGUGGGUCAGCACCAUUGGAACAUUGCUGGACGGCAUCGAGCUCUGCUUCACUAAAGACUCGGAGCUUCUAAGCAACGUCCCCCGAUUCUCUAGCAUGGCUCGUCUGGCAAACAACCUAAUUCAGCUGAUUGAUCUCAGCAUGAGCACAUCCGACGAUCCCAAGGAGCCUUAUUUCUUCUCGGUUCUCCCGUGGAUUACACUGUAUCGCAUUAUCAAACACGAGGAGGCUGCGUUUGACUGUAUGCUCAGACAGCAUAUGUCUGUAGGGGAUGAUGAAGAUGACUCAGACACUCCUAUGCUGCCCUCCUCCCUGAUGCUUCUAAACACAGCCCAUGAGUAUCUGGGCCGUCGCUCCAUGUGCUGCAGCUCAGACGGUGCCCUCCUCAAGUUCUUUCUUCGAGUUUUGGAAAAAGAGUUUGCAGCCUCUCCCAGCAAUGGCUCUCAUCCGUACAAAGAGGAGUUGGAGAUGGCAUUGGAGCAGUGUUUCUUCUGCCUCUUUGCCUACCCCAGUAAGAAGAGCAAGGCCCGCUACCUGGAGGAUCACACAUCUCCACAGGUUGACCUGCUGUGGAGUGACGCUCUCUUCAUGUUCCAGUAUUUAAAACCAAAGUCACUGCCUGAGUUCGACAGCUAUAAGACAAGCACAGUGUCUGCAGAGUUGGCUAAUCUGCUGAGGAGGUUCACUGGCAUCACACCCCCAAGUGACACUCCCAUCCUCACCAUGGAUGAAGUGGCAGCCUACAUUGAGGGCAUGACGGAAAAGGCCCCGUGCCUUCCUGAAGGUAGCGCCCCAGCACCUGCAAUCAUUGAUGAGAUCUACUACCUGCUGGCUGAUUACCAUUUCAAGAACAAGGAGCAGUCCAAGGCCAUCAAGUUCUAUAUGCACGACAUCUGUGUGUAUCCCAACAGGUUUGACUCCUGGGCAGGUAUGGCUUUAGCUAGAGCCAGUCGUAUCCAGGACAAGCUCAACUCUAACGAGCUGAAAAGUGACGUUCCCAUAUGGAAACACUCUCAGGCUGUGCUUAGCUGCUUUAAGAGGGCCCUGGAGAUAGACCGCUCCAACCUGUCCCUGUGGAUCGAGUAUGGUACCAUAUCGUAUUCUCUGCAUUCGUUUGCUUCGCGGCAGCUCAAGCAGUGGCGCAAUGAGCUCCCCCCAGAUGUGGUUAAACAGAUGGAAGAAAGGAGAGACUCCAUGUUGGAGACGGCGUUCCAGUGUUUCCAGGGUGCGUCCCGUUGUGAGGGUGACAGUGAUGAAGAAGAGUGGCUCAUUCACUACAUGCUCGGGAAAAUAGCAGAGAAACGCAAACAGCCUCCAGUGGAAUAUCUGCAGCUUUAUAAUAAGGCAGCUCACUAUCUGCAUGAAGAAGCUGCCAGGUACCCCCGCAAAAUCCAUUACCAUAAUCCUCCUGACUUGGCCAUGGAGGCCUUGGAGUUGCAUUUCCGUUUGGGCGCCACCAUUCUAAAACUACUAGAGGCUGUGAAGCCUGAUCUGGAACAUGAGCUUUUGUUCAAUUUGCUGGUCGAGGCAGCUACAGGGCCGUUUGCGAGGGCGGAAGAGAAGAGUAUGCCAAGCAUGCCGAGGUCCCAUGAAAAGGAGAAACCCCCCUCCAUGAUGGAUGAAGACUUUAACUGCUCUUCAGUUUGCAUAGGGAACGUCCUCAGCUCCUCCCUCCCAUCAGCUGCCACCCCAGGUCUGGCAUGCCCUCCUUUCGUGGCCACGCCGUUUGACCACGAUUACGCCAAACGCAAAACACUUCGACGGCAGCAGUGGCAGCAGCAGCGGCAUGAGGAGCAGCAGGCUGAUGCCUCACCAGAGUUUGACCAUGAUUACUGCCUGCCCAGGUCUUCAAUGUGGCUGGCUUCCCUGAAUGAGCGAAGUCAGGACAGUGAGGUGGUGUUGCUCUCUGACUCCAACUCCACCCAGGAUGCUUUCACAGAUCCCACCAGCUCUCAGGACAGCAGCCACAAACCGGGCUCUGGGAAAGUUGGCCCAUUAUUGUCAGAGAGUCCGACCACUGUGAAGGAUGGUCAGCAUACGUCUGAGGACACAGCAUCACGUGGAGAGCAAACUGGCAUCCAGACCGAAGAAAAAGUUAUCGUAGAAGCUGUGGUGGUGACAAUCCCUGAGGUCUCAGCCCCCAAGGUCUCUGCGGACCCUUGUCCUCAUCCGCUUCCUGUCCCAGCCACGCCUCCAAAGCCAGCCCCCUCUCAACAGGCCACUCCUCAGACCCCAGCCAGCGAGGGGAAGAGGAAGCCGGAGCCCCCCCCUGAGGUGAUCGAGGUGCCCAAGGCCCUUCCCACAGAACGCACCGACCAGAGGAAGAUGCUGGUGGAAAUGUGCGUCCGUUCUCUCUUCCUCUGCCUCAGCCGCUUCCCUCAGCAUUACAAGAGUCUGUAUCGCCUGGCCUUCUUCUACUCCAGCAGCAAGACGCAUCAGAACCUACAGUGGGCCCGAGAUGUGUUGCUAGGAAGCAGUGUCCCUUGGCAACAGCUGAAGCACAUGCCAGCACAAGGACUUUUCUGUGAAAGAAACAAGACAAACCUGUUCAACGGAAUCUGGCGAAUUCCAGUAGAUGAGAUUGAUCGCCCGGGAAGUUUUGCAUCUCAUAUGAACCGAUCUAUUGUCCUCUUGCUGGAGGUGCUGUCUCAGCUUAAGGAUCACGAUACUCUGCUGAAAGUCUCUUUCAUGCUGCAGAGAACCCCUGACCAGGGAAAGAAGUAUUUACGGGAUGUUGAUCGCCAGGUUUUGGCCAAGAGAGCAUUUUUCCUAACUGUAAAAGUCCUGGAGGACAAUCUGAACAGUCUCACUGGGGUGUCUGAGCAGCUUCUCAAAGCGCCUGCGCCCUCCAUGGGGGAGAUGACCACAACAGACACAUCCAACAGGCCCAGUUCAGAGGACAGCAAGCAUGCACUGCCGAAGAAGCCUGUGCUCACUGAAGGAGCCACUGACACAGGGCCCAGGGAUGCCUCACAGACACAACUUACCCCAACACCACCAUCCACAGAUAAAGGGAGUAAUGUGCAGGAGAGCUUCCCUGGGAAGGUGGAGACCACUGGGAGUGUGGAGCACAAGGCAGGGCCAGAGGAACCCAUGGAUUUGGACACUGGCCACUGGAAGUCCUCCACCACCACUGACUCACAGGGCAACCUAAUGGAGGCCGGGACCUCCCUGAGUGCUGUGGAGCCCCAUCAGAAAAUGAUGGACAGCAACCGGACACCAGAGCUGUCUCUGGAGGAGCUAAGUAUCAGUUCCAGGCAACAGCAGCUACAAGCCUCAGCACCCAAGGUCACUCUGUCAGCCAGUGGGACUGAUCAGGGGCUACUACGGAGGCCGAACAGGAAAAGGAAGCUUCUGGAGGACGUGGAAUCUGGAAAAACCUUACUGCUUGAUGCCUAUAGGGUGUGGCAGCAAGGCCAGAAGGUCAUGACCUAUGAUCUGGCACGCAUUGAGAAGAUCAUGUCAGAGACUUAUAUGCUCAUAAAACAGGUUGAUGAGGAUGUAGCUCUGGACCAAGCUGUGAAGUUCUGCCAGAUACAGUUGGCCACUUCAGCCCAAAGACAGUCUGCAGGAGAUGCCCCGACCACCCCUAAGUACGCCAAGGAUCACAGAGACCUAUUCUUCCCCGCCGCCUUGCCGACGCCCGUCCUUCUCAGCCACUCCAUCUGCCACCCGCUGUCCGCCCAGGACGGCCAAGCCAAAGUGGUGUACGAGCCCCUGAGCAAGGUGUCCAGGCCUCAAGCCUCGAGCUUCCACGAUCAGCCACAGCACAGGAGAGCAGCGAGCCACCCUGCUGCAGCCAUGGCCUUCCUACCACACACAGACGAGCGGGAGGAGUCCUGCGAGGGACUCGCGUACCGUCAGCAGGAGUCACACCUUUGUCAGCAGAUGAAACUCGCCACUGUGUCCCAAGGACAAGACUCCGCAGUGGGCUGGUUCCAGGAGGAAACUGCCACAUGUAGCACAGCACAACCUUGUCCAGACCAGCAGCAGUAUGCCAGCAACGACCAAUCCAAGCUUCCAGACCCCGGCCGAAUUCGCUCCCGUGUCCCCCCCAACAUGCCAAAGCUUUUCAUCCCUGCCACAGUUACCAAGUUCCCGCCAGAAAUCACAGUAACACCUCCGACACCCACUCUUCUCUCCCCCAAAGGCAGCAUCUCAGAGGAAACCAAACAAAGACUUAAGAACGUCAUCCUGUCGUCUCAGUCUGCAGCCACAGUCAAAAAGGACACUCUGAGCCAGCCGGCGCUGGAGGUGCAGGAGACAUCGAGCCAGGAGUCGUCUCUGGAGAGCGAGUCUGACGAGGAGGAGGAUUACAUGGACAUCUGAGCCUCUGGAGGCCUCGUGCACACACUGAAACUGAACUUUACUCAGCCUGACUGCCAAACCCUCUGCCCCCGUCUUUAAAAACAACCCGAGAAAAAACAAGUGGUGCACAUCACUGCAGCUGUGUUUGUUGAUGCUUUUGUAUCCUCUCAUGCACACACGCAGUAUUGUCAUUGGCUGUCAUGUCACUGUGUUGCUGUGCUUGUCAGCAGUGAUGGUGUGCAUGACAGACGACGGCUGCGGCGGCUUUAGUCUCACAGCAUGUCUGUAACGUGCCAGUUAUGCAUAUCACUCAUCAGCUUAGUGAGCUCUCGUGCACCAGGCCGUACGCUGGAUCUUGAGAGAAAGACUUGUCGGUGGUCGAAGCCGGCCUCUCGCGUGUUUAUGCAUCUUUCUCACUGUCGCGUGCUGACCUUAUCUCACAGCUGCAGCUAAAUCCUUCAUAACUCCCCGAUCUGAGGUGCCUCAGUGUGGACUGACGCUCAGCAGCACGGACCUGCUGUCCUCCACUUCGACCUUUCCCUCCAGCAUGAGAUUUUAAUCUGCAACACACCGUUUUUUGAUGAUUGACAUAUUUCAAUGUACACAAAGGUGAAAUGAGGACAAUCGGCUGCAGUCGAGGGUCGUCUGUGGAGCCUCACAACCUGUAGCAGAUUGCAAAUGUUUACACUUAAUAUUUGGGAUGUUUCUUUCAGUUGGCACUUAACUUUGUGCUAUUUUUGUAUGCACUGUAUUUCUUGUAAUAAUAAUUGUCCUGAUAUAUAUUUUUCUUUUCGUUCUGUGUGCAUUUGUAGCGAAGAAGAGCAGUUCUUAUACGAGGAAGGCGUCCUGUCACCAGCACUGAUCUGAAUGAUAUGGAAAUUAGCUUAUUAUGGAAUUAGAUUUUCUACAUAUCACAAUCCAAAUAUCUUUCCAUGCGUUUUGGCUUUAAUGGGUGGAGCGUCAAGCUUGAGGAGUGUGUGAAUGUGUGAGAGUGUAAAAAGGCCGCUUAGAUUCCAGUCAACUCAGGAAACGACUCGGCGUUAACAGACACUCUUUCCUGAUUUGAGUGGAAUUGACACGCAUGCUGGGGCAGACUCUUGAUUACAGAUGCCUUUACAUUCAAAACCACUUUGGUAAAUUUGUCACAAUUCUAGCUUAACUCAGAGGAAGACAAUAGAAUGUUUUUUACAGAUUGUUUUCUAUAGAGAGAUAUUUACUGAUUUUUGAAAGAUGUCUAAAAAAUUAUUUUUAAAGCAACACACAACUGAAUAAGUGUUAACUCUCACCCUUGAGUUAGGAGAAAAAAAAAUGGUUUUGUAUUUGAUUUCAUUAUUUUGUUUUUUGUUUGUUUUUUACUAUUCCGCUGCCUUUCAGCGAAUGUACCACGGCUCGAGAGGAGACCAGGGGAAAGGCUUAAACUUGUCUCCCCUGGCUCAGGCUGCUGGAAGGGAACUGUUCUCUAUGUCUGGACUGAAUGCAUUAUCGAUGUCAAACCAAAAUAUAUAUUUGAGAAACA